AUGAAUAGCUGUGACGAUAAAGACGAAAGCGCGAAACUGUUACCAGAAACAAAUCCAGGUGAAGUGAGGACUAGCGUUGAUGGAAAUAAUUCUAAUAGUACAGGUGAUGCAAUGACAUCAUCAAUUGAGACAAUAGCUUUCGAUAGUAAGUUAAUGAAGACUUCUACACAUGCUGAGGAAUUGGCGGCCACGUGGGGCGGACGAUGCUCUCUGCCUGAUUCGGGUAGAUUGCGUCGAGCUCAUUCUUGGUCGGGAGGAUCACCCGAAGAUUGUACAUCUGAAAUUCGUAUAUUGAGGGAAAGAUUAGUAAGAACACAAACGAGACCUCGACCUGGCGCGGUUCGACAUUUGUCCCGUCAUCAGCGGCUGACACUCGCAUCACUAGCGCUCGUUGACUUCAUGAGCUUCUGCUCCAUGAGCAUCAUGGCACCUUUCUUCCCGAGAGAAGCUAACGAAAAGGGACUGUCCGAUACCAUGUGUGGAAUGGUGUUCAGUUUCUACGCUGUUGUGAUGUUCCUAACCUCCCCACUGUUUGGGAAAUUCUUACCGGCAAUGGGUGCAAAAUUUAUGUUCAUCGCGGGUAUGUUUGUCGCCGGAGCCUGUAAUGUUUUAUUUGGAACACUAGUGAUGAUAGAAGAUAGUUUAAUUUUCACAAUUAUGUGCUUCUUGGUACGGGGAAUGGAGGCACUCGGUGCAAGUGCCUAUUCGACCGCCAGCUACGUUUUUGUGGUGAACGCGUUUCCCGACACAAUUGGCACUGUUCUUGGCAUACUCGAGACUUUUGUCGGCCUUGGAAUGUCCGUGGGGCCAGCCAUUGGCGGACUGCUGUAUUCGCUAAGGAGCUUCUUCAAUAAACAAAAUGGCGAAAGCGACGACCAUCGUCUAAAAUCGUCGGAGACGCCAAGUAGAUCGGGGGGAUUUGGUUUACCAUUUUAUAGUCUCGGCUUAGUUAUGGUGUUGUCUGUACCGAUCAACUAUAUCCUGCUAUCAGAUUGUGAAGAAUACGUAUCCGGCUCGAAAACCGCAUCAGUACUUAGUUUAUUCAAGAUACCAUCGAUUAUCAUCACGGGCCUUGUCAUCGUAAUCGUUUCCAACACCUGGGCUUUUUUAGAUCCAACGCUGGAACCUCAUUUGCGACAAUUUGGUCUAUCCACCAACCAAAUUGGCUUCAUCUUUUUACUGUUCUCUAGCCUGUAUGGAAUUUUUAGUCCAAUAUGGGGAUGGGUUGCUGACAGAGUACAUAACCACUGGUGUAUGAUGGUUUGGGGAUUAUUUCUCUCGACGGUCGGACUGCUACUUCUUGGUCCUUGCCCAUUUAUACCUGGUCUAACUCAGGACCUGUGGCUGGACCUGGUUGCUCUCUCUAUACUAGGAAUAUCAGUAGCACUCACUUUGUUACCUACUUUCCAAGGAGUCUUGACAAGUUCCAUAUACGAAGGUGGUUGCCCGGAGGCAUUGGCUACAUACAGUGCAGUAGCUGGCGUGUGGUCAUGCUGCUAUUCGUUAGGUGAGGUGCUGGGCCCAGCACUUGGCGGUGCACUCGCACAGCGCUACGGUUUCCCACUGUGCGCCACGCUAUGCGCUGCUGCUUGCUUUACGAUGGCGAUUGUAACAUUGACGUUCUUCUCACUGCGAGAGUCGACCAAAUGGAUUGAAGCGGAGUCAUUAGAAGAUUCGAUUCCAUACACCGACACGACGUGGAACAGCAAUAAUUUCUGCCGUUCACGUAGCGCUCCUCCUAAUCACAUUGCGGAACGCUCGCCGCUACUUACACCGUGUUCUUGCAGCACCAAAAACGGUUACAGUUCAUGCGGCACUUCGCCGCCGAAACACGCCUGUCUGAGACACAUAAAACGGAAGAAAAGUGGAUGGGCUACCGCAAAAGAGGUUAUGACGAACAUUCUCAAAUUUCAGUAUUUAACUAAUAUUUAUAUCAAAUUACGGAAAUUUGGUAAAUGCAAAAACAAGCUUAGAGCUAACGAAGAGUUGUACCAAAACUAUCUCGAAAACAACGGAAAUGAUAAAAAUACUUGGAGCAAUGUAAAUAAAAAUGGUAAAAAUGCCGCCAUUGAUAUAAAACUAAACAAUAACACUAUUCAUCAAAAUUGUGGACAAGCAGGAGUAGAGGAUAGUUAUUGUGCAUAUCUAGAAAAUGCUAUUUUUGGAAGCCCAGUUGUAAUGGAAAACAUUAAUUCGGAUAAUUUAAUAGUUAAAAAUAAACACAAGGGCUUGGUAGCAAAGUUAGUGACAAUUGACGAAGAUAGAAGAAAUUCUGAUGAGAUAAUUAAGCAUAAUUUGCAAAAAGUUCACUUUUACGAAAAUAAUGCAGCAUGUACAUCCCGUGAAGAUAUUUUUGAUGCAUGCGAUUGCAAAGACGGUGUUACAUAUGUAAGAGGUACUGUGACAGUGUCAUCGACAGGCGCAUGUGAAGUUUAA